UGAGUUCUCUGCUGUGUAUGAUAAUUUUCUACUUAAAAUCAUAUUUUUCUAUUUCUUCCAGGCCCUUUAAACGAGUCCAUUGAUUCUUUUAAUUCUUCAAACUACUUAGGAGAUAUAUUCUCCAAUCCAUCUUCUCUUUUUUGUCUUUAGACAACUGAGUAGAUGUCAAGCAAGAUUUUUUGUUUUCAAAAUCCAUUUUCCCUGCUCUUUUUUUUUUUCUUUGGCUUGGUUUUUUAAGUUUAGAUGGAUGGAUGGAUGGAUGAUGGUUUUGAAGGGGAAGAGGCCGCACACACUUCAUAUCUGGAGGCUUGGCAGAGAAGGGUCAUAGUUGAUAAUGAUACAAGAACCAAGGUCAUUCUGAUUAAGGUAUUGGGUUGAAUUAUUUGAAUUUAUGAUUUUUUUUUGAGUUAAGAUCUGAUUACAGACAUCACUCGUAUAAAAAAUUUUAAUAAUUCGUAUCUCUCUUUUAGUAUGUUUUUUUCCUCUAAUGUUUCAAUGAAGCUUUGGCAGGCAAUGUUCUAUGCAAAAUUGUGGAUUUUGUUGAAAACACUAUGCCAUGCAAGUUUGAGGAAGUGACAUUGUGAACAAUUUUAACAAUUGAAUUGAAGUUGUUGAAGUAAUUUGAAAUUGAAGUUGUUGAAUCAAUUGAAUUGAGAUAU